AUGGCUUAUCUUACCUCAUCUUACCUAUCUAUUAUGACAAAACGCGUUGAAGAAGCACCAGUGGUUCUGAAAUUCAUUAGAAGAUGCACAACAAGGCAAAUCGUCAAUAGUCGUCCCCCUUACACUGGAUUCAAAUCGAACAUCGCCGCCGUCGGUGGAUCCACUGCUAACGAGAUUCAGGCUAUGAAGACGUUAGUGAAACCGAUGAACCAGGAAUUUUUGGGAUCCGAUGAGAAUACGAUCCGCGAGAAAGUGUUCAGAUGA